AUGUACGUUUUUGGUGAGCUAUCUGAACCCAAUGAGGAAACUGUUGUUCUUGUUGAAGAAAUCGUUCGUAAUCAAAUGAUUGAAACUAUCACUUUAGCGGUUCAGCAAGCUGCCAAACGAGGUUCACGAUUCUUGAGCACUGAAGAUAUCAUAUUUCUAAUAAGACAUGAUCGUCCCAAAGUCAAUCGACUUCGCACGUUUUUAAGCUGGAAGGAUGUACGAAAAAAUGUAAAAGAUAACAAAGAAGGUCCACCUGUUGAAGAAGAAAUUAUGGACGAUCAAGAUAAAACUGCCAAAGUCAGGAAAAUGAAGGUAAAAUUUUCAUGGGAUUACCUCAAUGCAUAUACGAAUAUCCUAAGCGAUGAUGACGAUGAUGAAGCAGACGAUGAAGAUCGUCAAGCCUACGAAGAUCAAGCAGCGCGUCUUCGUCUUGCAGACAGUAUUACAAGCACCAUGACCAAGGAAGAGUAUAUGUACUACUCAGAAUGUCGGCAGGCCUCUUUUACAUUUAAAAAAGUGAAGCGUUUUCGUGAGUGGUGCGAGAUGGCAAAAUACUAUGAAAACAAGGCACCUUCGGAUGUGCUUGAUAUCAUGGGAUUUCUUGCAUACGAGAUUGUUAGUAAAAUCACAGAAACAGGGCUCGCAGUAAAGAAGGAGUGGGAUCGUGAAAAGAAACUAGAAGAGCUGAGAUCCAAUCGCGGUAUGGCAACAAUGGAUGUGUUUUUAUUUGAUAAACCUAGUGAUGUACGAACACCUCUACAGCCAGCUCAUAUCCAAGAAGCAUUUCGGAGAUUGCAGGCAGCAUCUAUGCCUCUAAGUAACUUUGGUGGCAAAGUCCGCCAUCGUCGUUUAUGCUUGAUAUAAACUCAUUGUUUUAUAGUAGCAAUGAAACG